AUGGCGUCAAACAAGAGCCAAAGUACCAGCGAGGAAACAGCAAUGGAACUAGACGGUAUGUCUAGAUCGAUACGGAGCUACCGGAGCCAUCUAUCGAGAACUAUAACAACUACGAAACGAUUCGUCACGGUUACAAAGGAACAUGGGUCAUCAAGUGCUAAGGAUGCGCUUCUAUCACGGUUGGAGGAGGUGCAAGGAUACUUCAGGAAAAUCGUGGACCUAACGAUGGCAAUGCAACAAUCCGACAACCGAAAUCUGGACAAAUACGACGACGACCUAGACGUGGAUCGUGCACGUUUCGACGAAUUAUCCGAGCGAGUUAUGGAAGCAAUUGCCGACAAUCCAACACCUCAGCCACGAAUCAACGCCGAAAACGAAGAACGCCGUCCCGUGCGAAUAAAUGAUUCGCUAAAACCAUCGAUGCUGUCCAAGGAUGCAUCACCGACCGAGCUAAAACAAUGGCUGGAGCAGUACGAAGCGUACUAUGAAUCGAAUCAGAUGAGCAAGAUGACGAUUAAGGAGCAGCAUUCAUAUUUCAAAAUGCUGCUGGAUAGCGAUCUAAGGACAAGAAUGGCAGCGCAGACGGGUCCCAGAACAAACAUAUUCGGCAAUGAAAGUUUAAUCGAGAGCCUCAAAGAAGACUUUGCGAUGCGAUACCCGUUGGUAACUCGCCGCCUCGAUUAUUUCAGCCGAAAACAAAAAAACGGAGAACAAUUCAGCGACUUCUUGUCGAAGCUCAAGGAACUCGGAGAAUUGGCAGAUUUAGAUGGUAUCACGAAAGAAGACAUCCUGGUAUUCAGCUCCCUUAGCGGCACCAACAACAAGGAACUCUUAGAUGACUUGCUCAAAAUCGAGGACGCAAGCCUGAAAAACAUCGAGAAGGCCGCCAAAGU